AUGAGUGAUGAUGAAAUGCCUCCUGAACUUGAUGACUUAACAGAAGUCAUAUAGAAAGCAAGACCAAAAGAAGAAAAGAGUAGCACAUUAAACGUAGGUGAUUACACUAAGACUAGAGAAGAAAUAUAAAAGGAAGUAUCAGAUUAGCUAGCUAAGGAAAUGGAAUAAAAAAUGAAACUAAAAGCAGAAGAAGAAAAAAGAAAAAAAGAAGAAGAAGCUAAGAAACCAAAAGAUUCAAAAAAAGAUGGAUUGUUUGGUGGAGGUUUUGCAAAAGGAUUUUUAUCUAAUCCUGCUCCCAAGGCUGCUAAAAAGUAGGAAGAAAUAAUAGAAGUAAAAGUAAAUAAGGAAGAAUAAAAAAAAAAUAAACUUGAAAUUAAAGAAGUGCAGGAAGCAAUGAAGCUCAACGAUACUUUAAAUAACACAAAAGAUUAAUGGAUGAAUCCUUAACUCCUUAACCAGAUUGCAACUAAUCCCUUAAUAGCUAAGUUAUUUACAAACCCAGAAUAUAUGUAAGCAAUUUCUUUAAUGUAAACAAAGCCAAAAGAGGCUAUGGAAAGAUAUGGUAAAAACCCUGAAUUUAUGAUGAUUUUCUAAGAAUUCUGCAAAGUGAUGGGCAAUCACUUCCAGGAUUUAUCAUCUAAAGAUAAAGAAGAAGCUAGUAAGAAAGAAUAAGAAAAGCCUUUACUCUAAAAAGUAGAAAAAUUGGAUCCAGAUUAAAAAAGAAUAAAUGAUUUAAUUUAAAAUGAUGCUUAGGUAUAAGAAGCUCUACAAGAUCCUAAAGUUCAAUAAUUUAUUCACUUCUUGUAAACACAAAAAAAAGUAGAUUUUCAUUCUGUUAUGCAAAAAGAUAAAGAUUUAGCUAAAAAAAUAUAAGUUUUGAUCCAAAAGGGCAUUUUAAAUAUUCAAGGUUUCUGA